AUGUCUGACGUUGCUGCUGCUCCAGCCCCAGCCCCAGCCGCUACGGCUACUUCAUCAUCUCCGAAGAAAGUUAAAGCUUCAAAGACCAAGGCUAAAGUUAAUAAGCCAAAAGCUGCGACCAGUCAUCCGCCGUUCGGAGUCAUGCUGAAGGAAGCCCUUGGGGCGCUCAAAGACCGCAAAGGCUGUUCCAACGUUUCGAUUACUAAAUAUAUCAAGCAGCACUACGCAAUCACGACUAACUCAGCUUCCACGAACGCGCAUAUUCGCUUAGCGCUCAAGAAGGGUGUAGCAAGCGGUGCCAUCGUCCAAACUAGUGGAAAUGGAGCAAACGGUCGAUUCCUCCUCAAAUCUCAAAAGAACUCGGAAGACGCUUCAAGUGAUAAGAAGAAGAAAGCCGCUCCAAAACCAAAGAAGGCUUCUGGUGGUGAAGGCGCCAAGAAAGCCGCUGCUGCGAAACCGAAGAAGGCUGCUGCUGCUUCAUCAAAGAAGGAUAAACCUGCUAAGGCUGCCAAGACCGAGAAGAAGGCCAAGUCUCCAAAGAAGAUCGCGAAGCCAACCGCCAAGAAGGCCACUCCAAAGAAGGCCGCGAAGCCAGCAGCAAAGAAGCCCGCCGCCAAGAAAGCAGCUCCAAAAGCCAAAGCCACAUGA